CUGGGAUCAGUCCAACGCAAACCGUGCCAUCGAGUGGAAGUGGAUUACCAACAGAGUGAAGAGUGCAUUGAAACCCCAGAAAAUCCCAUUUCGAUCCGAGUAGAAUCGAUUGUGAGCAUAUCACGCAUACGCCCGGUAACACAGCCGAAUAUACCAUAAUGUCGCCGAGGAAGAGCUUGCUGGGCUGCCUGCUGGUCAGCACAAUCCUGGUGCUGCACCAGGUUCUGGCCGAUGUGGAGACCAACGAGGUGGAUACCAGCGGCGAUGUGUACAUGCUGCAGGGCGUGCGUGUGUAUCCCAACGAUCGACAGUGCGUUCUGGUUGGCGGACUGUGCGUCGAGACGAAGGACUGCAUUGAACCCACCUCGAACAGGGGACUGUGCCCCUCGAGUCGCGGACUGGAAGUGGAGUGCUGCUACGAACUCCGAUCCCAACCCUAAAUAUCUAACCCAAAACCAUCCGCCAUUCCCCCUACUACCCGUCGCCACUAACCGAACAAACCCGAUCCAUUCUGUGUGUCCCGCCGUCCUCAAAAACGUCAAACGUCAUCCCGUUGCCGUUGCAGUGCCGGUUAGACCAGCGCCCUGUGCGGAACACUUGGGACAGUGCACGGACCGAUGCCACCAGAGGCUCCUGCGACCCGGUAACGACUGCAAGAAUGGCCAAGUCUGCUGCGUCCUGAUCUAGUUAUACUUAACCACACCAAAAACACAUACCCGUGCAGAGAAAGGGCAUUUACAAGUCGGUCAGCACUCAGAUUUUGAUUGCAAAAUACCAAAUUAGCGUGACAAAUGGAUAUAUUGUUAUAGGUUUAUCAAGUUUUCAACGAAUUUCUAACAUAUGCUUUAAGUUUCCUAUCCAUUUUUUCUUUAAUUUAUUUUUAUUUAUUUAUCAUUUAAAAUGAACAACGAAAUUUCUUACGAUAUUUAUCAUAUAUGGAGAAACUAAUAAUAUAUAAUUUAACUUCAAACUAAUUUGCAAAAAAUUAAACCCAGUUGGUUGGAAACAUCAUAGAACUGAUUUGAUUGUGUUAUUUCUCUGCAUACACCCACACACCGUACAUAAACAUGUAUUUAUUUAACUAUAUGUAUAUUAAUUAUAUUGUACGAAUACUUUUGUAUGACAUCUUAAGAACCCCACAUCUCUCGACAAAGUGAAAUAUUUGACUGCUUCCAAUAAAUGCAUUGUAAAU